GCACCACACACCUCCCCUGCGUGGCCCUUCUUCUCUACAGGCCCCAGGCUGAAUAUCUGGCUGCGUUGUUCUCGCCUUCCUCUCUUUCUUGUGUCUCUUCAAGCACAGCCUUUGUGUUGCGACGUUGCCGCUCGUUAUACACCGUCAGUCCUUCCUUUGCGUUUCUCCAGAGUCGCGCUGUGCAGUGACUCGGACCACCCCACAUUCAUUAAGAUCUCUAUCGUUGUGACGUGAAUACACUUGAUACAUACGCACAGUCCAAUUGCACCUCAAAUUUCCUGGCCACAACGCACGGCCAUUUGUCCUGGUGGCAAGACCUGGAGUCAACCACCUGAUUUAUCGACAAAGAAAGACUUGUCUCGGAAGGGUCUCUCGACUUGUUCGACCUCAAAGAUACAACAGCACCAUCUGGAGGACCAAUACAUAACCUGAGAAUUCUCAGCAACCGCCAUGCCGUCCUUAAACCUCAAGACCGCAGGCGUAGCCCUCCUCUCCCUACUCGCAUCCACCUCCUUGGCUCAGACAUUCACAGACUGUAACCCCCUCGAGAAAGAUGACUGUCCCGACAUGCAGGCGUUGGGUGUCUCCAACUAUACCAUUGAUUUCGAGAAGAACAUGAUGUCCACAAGGGUUUGGAACACAACGGCGGGAAAGGUCGACUUUAAACCUGCGGGUGCUCAAUUCACCAUCAACCGACGAGGCGAUGCUCCCACCGUCCAGACCAACUUCUAUAUCUUCUUCGGCCAGGUAGAAAUCAUCAUGAAGGCCGCAACAGGCACUGGUAUUGUCUCCUCGAUUGUGAUGCAGUCAGAAGAUCUCGAUGAAGUUGAUUGGGAAUGGAUUGGAGGAAACGACACCCACGUGCAAUCAAACUAUUUUGGCAAGGGCAAUACAACCUCCUUUGACCGCGCCAUCUGGCAUCCAGUCAGCAAACCUCAGGAUGAAUAUCACAACUACACGGUGGACUGGACGCGGGAUCAACUGGAAUGGUUUAUCGAUGGCCAAUCCAUCCGCGUACUCAAGGCAGGAGAGGCCAAUGGAGGCUUGAACUUUCCCCAAACCCCUUGCAACAUUCGUCUCGGUAUCUGGGCUGGUGGUGACCCGAAGAACCCUGAGGGCACUAUUGAAUGGGCCGGUGGUGAGACCGACUACAAAGAUGUCCCCUGGACCAUGACAGUGAAGUCAGUCCGCAUUUCUGAUGCCACCGAAGCCACGCAGUACCAAUGGACCGAUCGAAGUGGUAGCUGGCAGAGUAUCAAGGUUGUCAAUGACACCAAACCCAUUCAACUCGACGGCGAAAACAGCCAAUCCACUGUCCAGAGCGUGUCACAGAAAUGGAACGGACUUCCCAAUACCACCAAAUACAUCAUUAUUGGUGUUGUUUGCGGUGUCGUUCUUCUGAUUGUCGCCAUCUUCAUCUUCUGCUGCAUCAAACAACGGCGAGCAGGCAAGCACGAGAAGCUGAUCGAAGACGCCAAAUACGAAAAGAACGCUGCCGAGGUUCUAGCAUACCGCAGCACCAUCACCCAGCAACGGAACAACGAGCUCAAGUCAGCUCAGUAUGGAGUAGCACCUGUCAUGGGCAACGCCGGUGCAAUGUACCAGAACCGCGGCCAGGCGCAACCCAUGAUCUCUGGGACCAUGUCUCCGAACCCAGGUUAUGGUUAUGCCAACAGUGUGAGCACAUAUGGCAGCGGACGAGGCUAUCAGAAGUAUUAGAGACGGACAUGUAUGGGAUAUCAGGACCUCUGAUCGGAGCCCUGACAAGACCGUCCGUCCGUGGUGAUCAGUCUUUUUCGAGGCAUAUUCUCGCUAUACUCGUGCGUAACCUCAGCCCACCGGCAUAAGCUCAGUCUUCUAUGACCAUCUUGUCCCAGGCUGAUUGUAUAGACACAUCAAGAUGACUACAGGGGCGUUGAUGAUUGUUCUCAGGUCGAUUUAUUGAUUGAUUAAUGUCAAGCAAGGCGUUGUUGCGUCUAUCUCUGGACCGAGCAAGACACAGAACAUGUCAUACGCCUUUCCCAUUUUUUUUAUUACAUUCUCCCCGGUGAUUUUUUUCCAGGCCCAACAUGAAGCACCAAUCCAAACAAAUCUUGGUGGCGGUGCGGCCUUGGUGAGCUAAACAACCAGUCAUGCGCCAACUGCCUUGCUUCGUAUGCGCAUGCGUCUGCUGCCGCAGUCAAACCGGCCCUUUCCUACACUAACACAGUCGUAAUGUGCUGUUCCCAGCGCCUCCAAACCACCCAAGUGACGCUCCUUGGAGAGAGCAUUCAACGUGAAAAGUGGAACGAUCAAGAUCGAGGAUUGAUCCUAGCUCAUAUCAUUUCUUGACGUUCUCCUUGCUCUCGUUGCUCUCGUUGCCUUUGUUUCUCCACAGUGGCACAAUCUGACUAAUCUUAUUCUUCAAGUUGCUGCCAUUCAUGUUCAUGUCCGGUGGGCUGACGGGAUUCUUUCGGACGGGAAUAUCGACGAUUUUGACUUCUCCGGGAGCGAUAAGGCGGGCCGGGUUGGCUGACGGGCCUGUGACUUUGACCUUGAACUUCAUGUCAUCGGGCAGGAAGAAUCCGGUGUCGAGACAAUCGCCCCGCAAGUUGAUUUCACGCAGCUUCUUUGGGUCGAACCACUUGUAAAAGGGGCCGGCGUCGAGCGCAAAGUUCUGCAGGGUCAGAUUUCGGAUGGGGAGGUAACGGAGAUUUUCCCGAGGCAUCUGGCUGGCCACCAAGAACUGAGCGCCACGGAUGGCUUGUUGAUCGAGGUACUCGCCAUAGCCGAACUCUUCAUGCAAUCUUCCUUCACCGUGGAAGCCAAGAUACUCGGUGUAUUCCUCAUCAACCUCAGCAGAUGGGUCAUAUGUCCAGUGUCGAUCGAUGCGGCGAAACGAUGGCUUGCCUUCUCUCGGGUCGAAUGGAGGUUGUCUCAUUUCAGGUUCCAAAGCCAUCUCGAGGUGGAGCGUGCUCAGGUUCUUGUUGACCCAGCAGGUGGCCCAGAUCAGAGGUUGGUAAGACUGCAUCAUACCAUUCAAUUGAAGGUAGCGCAGGUUGUGGAAUGUGAGAAGAGGUCGCAGGCCUUGGAUGGGAAAAAGGUCCUUGUUGAGAUCUUCUUGGUCUUCGUCAAGAUCAUCGAUGUCACCACCAUCUUCAUCAUCAGACCCGUGGCUUUCCAGCUUGAUAGACCAGAACAGAUCGAGAUUGAGAGAGUCUCGCUGCUUGUCUAGGUGUCGCCAUAACUGAGGACGGAAGUUGGGGAUUGGCUUCUCGGGGCCACCGAGAUCGACGCUAGCGGGCCUGUCAGAUACGAUGAAUGAUGGUCACUGUAUCACACCUCUCUUACCUGAUAUGAGCCAUCUGAGGAUCGGAUGUGCUUGAGAGACUUUCUCUGGAUCUGGUUUGAUCAUGUUGUCUGACUGGGGAGACCUGAGGACUGCUGGAUCGAAUUGGAUGUGGGGGAUCUGUGAGUGACGUGUCAAGCUCAUACAAAUCGUUACGAUAAAACAGAUCGUGAAGAUGUAACGAGUCGGAAGACAUCGUGAAGGGAGCCGAGUGUGGUGACUCUAGCAGGACAUGACGAGAACGUGAACUUCGAACAGGAGUGUCAAGGGAGGGAGUGGAUCCGGGAGAUUGAAGGUGACGAGAGAAAUUUGGUGUAGACAUGGCGAAAGCCGUGCUGCUUACCUAGGUAGGCAUUCACGACAUAGGCUAGGUCACUGCAGUCUCAGAACAAAGACGUGAAGUCUGGUUGAAGUGAAAGGUCAAGGAUGAAGAAGAUUUGUGGGCGGAGGAGGAAGAGAAACUGAUUCACCAUUAAC